AUGGAAACGCACCAAUCAAAUAGAAAACUUUCUAACCAUUUAUCUUUGAUAAAUUCUGUAGCAUCUGGGGUGGGGAUAGCUACUACUGUAUAUGGGAAUUUGGAUGUCGCAUGCAACAACUACUUUAAUGUGGAUCUGGCUAUUAACCCAAAGAAGUUCUUCUUUGUGACAAACUCAACGCUUCUGUUCAGUUUUUUUGCAUUUUGCAUGUCGAUUACUGUGCCGCAUAUUAGUAAUAAUAAGAUGCACACUCUGUCAGCCCAUCUUACAUCUACUAUUUUGACAGCCGAACUCUUAAUUUCCAUUAUCUUUUGGCCCAUAUUCCGGUACAACCCAAAUCUAGUCUUUCCAAAGUCAUCUAUAUACGGGCCUAGGAGGAUUUCCAUGUUUGCCAAUCUGUGCAUGCAUGCAUUUCCUUGUGUGCUUCUAUUUAUUACAUACAUUGCAAAUAAGGCCACACAUAAACCAUCUAUUGCAUGGAGUGCUUUGUACAUAUCAUACAUUGUUACGAUAUCAUAUAUAUAUUACUAUACUUAUGGACACUGGAGAUACAGAAUAAUGGACAAGAUAUCUAACUAUGUCCCUCUGUUCUUCCUAUUCCUUGGUGUUCUAUUCUGGAUAACACAUAAAAAGCUGUACUGGAUAAAAGUAAAAGUGUACAGCCACUAUCAAAUAGACAAAUGGUAA